AUGAAUAACCGACCAGUCGAACAAGCGUUGGGGAUUUUGGUGCCCACCCAUGCUGCAGAUUUACCUCAAGAGCUCCUCAGUCUCUCAAUCACGGAGCUUGUCCAGCAGCUUGAAGCCGGAGGAAGAAAUCGCCCGUCCAUACGCUUGCGCCGAAAUUGCUUGCAGGAGAUUGACUCGUGCACUUUCACUUCCCCGUUGCUCGGCCACCCGCCAUGCCCGCCGCGCGUAUACAAGAAGCUUUAUACAUGGUUGGAUAAGUCUCUCUCGGCGAGUUCAACAGGAAUGAAGCGCUCAGCAAGUGGAUCUGUCGCUGGCUCUCCAUCUCGAUCUAAAGCUGCUCAAACCACUCCGACUAAGGCAUCUGCCCUUGCACAAUCCCCUACGAAAGCAGCGCCAACUCCACGCGGUCUCCAAAAUACACCCUCCAAAUCCACCCCAUUGAAAAGGAGUGUCAGUGUGGCCAACAAACUCGGCUCGCCAUCAAAGUCGGCGCGGAAAUCCCUCUCUGCUCAUCCAAGGGGCAUCACUGCCUCUACCAUUAUCCCCGAUGCCCCAGCAUGGGCGAUGACCGCCAUCCGAACCGUUUGCAAGACACUCGCAACUCCGGCUCCACGAACAACGACUUGGUCUCGCCCUCCGAUCUCUAGAACCUUGCCCCCUCACAUAUUUGCCGGUGUUUCAUCUAUCCUCUUCCUGACAUCAAGCAUGUCAAUCGAUGAAGAGGGAUUCGACGAGGAGAUUCUAGAUUUCCUCGAGCCCAUCGUUUCUAUUAAACCCGCAGGAAAUGACGACGACUUCAAGGAACUGGUCUACGCUAUGGCUGUGGCUGUCUACUUCCUCGUGCUAGCAAGACGGCGUAGCUCGGCACCAUCUGAUGACAUGGACGAGGCCAAUGCCGAAGCGCAGAAGAUGGAUAAAAAGACGUUCACCGAGAUGCGCCAAACUGCCUUGACUAGCCUGGGGCUUCCGAAUGACCGACGGCAUCGCGAUGAUGUUGACCAAUGGAUCGCUCUCAUCAUGGAACAGGGGUGGGCUAGUGGACAAGAAUGGUUCGACAAUAUCCCACACGCUGGGGAGUUGGAUGGUGAAGACGAGGAAGGUAAUUCUUACCGGAACCUUGAUGAGGAGGACGCUGCUCUUCGUGGUGUAAAACUUCCCAAACGCCGUGAAGGUGCCGCCGGCCCUCGCUCAGGGCGGGAAGCUGCUCCUCGAGGUGGCCUUUUACCUGGUCUGGGCACUAUGAUGCAGGAUCGAGUGGAUUGGUUGAGUGAAGAUCGCCAGGAAGAUUUCGUGGAAUGGAAGGCAGAGAUGAUGUCUCGAUAUGGACAAGCAGCUGCUUGA